AUGGCGUUGCUUGCUCCACAGGUUAGUUGGCGUACGGAGCAACCCACUGGAGAUGCCUGCGACAACGUUUCCGCACAACCGAAUGGCUGACUGACAGAAAGCUGACUGAAGACCGGAUAAUCAGCGGAAAUGGUAAGGUAAAGCGUAUGCAGAAACUGCAGGUCUCACCGUUUAGGGCAUAAAGUUGCUAAUUGAAAUAAUAGAAGGAAAUAAAAGAAGGACGAUUGGAUGUCGACGUUGGCGACGACCCGGAAGAGACAGUGAGCGUUCUCCCGCGACCUGAUGAGUGACUAUAAAAAGGUCAACGGAAGACUAAAGGCUCACUGGUACUCGCCGUCUGAUUUUGUUAUCCAUCAGCAGAAAAUCGACCGAUCUAGCAGGGGCUCAUGACGAAAGUUGAAAUGCAUGGGCACAACGACGGUCCUGACGCAGUUCACUGGAGUAGAAAGAAGUCUAGGGACGGAGUUGACGCAGUGGACGCCACUGUUCCCCAAGGACUACUUACGGUUCUUCCGACGUUGUCGGCAAUAGUGCCCACGGUUUACAGCUCGGAGCCAUUAAUUGGAUUAGCAGCAGACGACAUAAGGAUAGAAAGACGAACGUUUUCCAGCAACCUUCUUAGUGACAACACGAAACUGACUCUACUAUGAAGCUUGUUGGAAGCGUUGUAUAAGUGUAAGUAAAGGUAGCAGGGAUCAACGCGGCCGACUAGACUCCGAUCAGACGGAAGGAGGCGCUGUUAGCGGCAGUAGGCCUCAUUUAUUACUACUAAUGCCAUCCUAUUUAAACAAAGUAAAUAGGCUCUAUACAGGAAUGUAGUUUCGUGGGUACUUCUUCCCAUGCCCAGCCCAGCAGUCAAGUUUUCCACGUGGCGUCUUGUUUGACAGCAUUCCUACCCCGUCAUGACGCUGAAAAGUUGAUUUUGUCCCCUGCAUUGAACAAGGCAGCGAUGUACCGGUGUUUUGUCACGUUUGAUUUAGCAUGCGGCAUGUGACUUUGCCAUUCACUUGAGGGAGGUCUUAGCGCACAGAAUCAUACACAGGACUUGUGAAGUCCGUUUUCCUCCCUAUUUAUGCGUUUUCUUGCCAAUUUUAACCUAUUCUAACACGUACUCGAUUUGUUGUUUAAAGUAAGGUAUUAUGCAUAUCUGUAUAAUUUUCCAUUCUCUAGGCAUCAACCUUAUGGGCCUUUAUUCCAGGAGAAAAGGAGCGCAUCGUGGCGUCCGUUAUGUCUGUCGUCCUGCACAUGGGAUUUGUCAUGUAUCUGCACUUUGCUUAUCACCGGCUCGUAGAAGGUAUUGGCUUUACCUUGUUUGCUCUGAUUGACAUUACUUUGUGCAGAUUUGUCUGAUGCAAUUGGGGAUAAGGUCGUGGAUGCGAAAUCAAAUGACAGUCGCCAUGGGAAGAUCCCAGGUUAA